AUGCUCCGCUCGUCCGUGUCUCGACUGGCCAGCCAAGCCGCCCGGCGACGGCCGCUGGUCUCGUCUGUCACACCUCCAAGCCUCCAGCCGUUCGCCGGCCGAGGACCAGCCGGACGGCCGCGACUGUUUGCCGCCGUGGCCGUGCCACCGGCCCAGGACCCCACGAAGCUCGACGAGAUCACGACGCUUGCCAACGGCGUGCGGGUGGCGUCCGAAGCAUUGCCCGAUGCCUUCUCCGGCGUCGGCGUGUACAUCGAGGCCGGGUCGCGCUACGAGAGCGAGUAUCUGCGCGGUACCAGCCACAUCAUGGACCGGCUGGCCUUCAAGUCCACCAGCCGGCGCUCGGCUGACGACAUGCUCGAGGCUGUCGAGAGCCUCGGUGGCAAUAUCCAGUGCGCGUCGUCGCGCGAGUCCAUGAUGUACCAGGCCGCCACCUUCAACUCGGCCAUCCCGACGGCUGUCGAGAUUCUCGCCGAGACCAUCCGCUCGCCCCUUCUGACCGACGACGAGAUUGCCCAGCAGCUCGACACGGCCGCCUACGAGAUCAAGGAAAUCUGGUCCAAGCCUGAGCUGAUCCUGCCCGAGCUCGUCCACAUGGCCGCUUUCCGUGAUAACACCCUCGGCAACCCGCUGCUCUGCCCGGAGGAACGGCUGGCCAGCAUCGACCGUCACGUCAUCUGCGCCUACCGCGACGCCUUUUACCGCCCUGACCGCAUGGUGGUGGCUUUUGCUGGCGUCCCGCACCACGAGGCCGUCGCCCUGGCCGAACAGCACUUUGGCGACAUGAAGCCAACCCUGCAGCAGCAGCCCGACGACCUCGGCGGCUUCCUCUCGCUGCCCGCACAGCCGCCGCCGCUGAACCCGAACCAGCCCAACUUUACCCAUAUUCAGCUCGCCUUCGAAGGCCUUCCCAUCUCGUCCGACGACAUCUAUGCUCUCGCCACCCUGCAGACCCUCCUCGGCGGUGGUGGCUCCUUCUCGGCCGGUGGUCCCGGCAAGGGCAUGUACAGCCGCCUCUACACCAACGUGCUCAACCAGCACGCCUGGGUCGAGUCGUGCGUGGCCUUCAACCAUUCCUACGCCGACAGUGGCCUCUUCGGUAUCGCCGCCUCCUGCUAUCCCGGCCGCACCGCCAAGAUGCUCGAGGUCAUGUGUCGUGAGCUCCGGUCGUUGGCCCUCGACGGUGGCUUCAGUGCCCUCGGCCAGGUGGAGGUGAACCGCGCCAAGAACCAGCUGCGCUCGAGCCUGCUGAUGAAUCUCGAGAGUCGCAUGGUCGAGCUCGAGGACCUUGGCCGCCAGGUCCAGGUCCAUGGCCACAAGAUCCCCGUCCACGAGAUGGUUCGCCGCAUCAACGACCUCACCGUCGACGACCUGCGUCGCGUCGCCAAGAUCGUCGUUCAGGGCCUCGUCCAGAAUCCCGGUCGUGGCAGCGGCGCUCCCACCGUCGUCCUGCAGGAGGCCGAUGUCGCCGGCUUGAGCGCCAAGCAGAUCCAGUGGGACGAAAUCCAGGAUAUCAUCUACCGCUGGCAGCUGGGCAAGAGAUGA